CGCUUGGAUGCUUCGGCGAGCGACAUGGAACAUGUGCACGAGGAGAUUGGAGAUGAGAAGAGGGCUCCCUCAAUCCAUUGCGAUCUUUACGACACGGAGAUAUCUCGCAAGAUAGCUCAAAUGCUGCUCCCUGGGCUGGCCACGGCUUGCGUGGACAACACGACGGGCGAUAUCUUCAGGACCCCGGCUUUGGUGGCUGUAGAUUUGAGGAAAGAGUUCGUGGAGUAUCUAACCCAAAGGAGCGAGUCGUUUGUGGCCGAGACCGCUAUCCUAGAAGGGGAUUUAGCUGCCGAAGCAUCUGAUGAUCCUUAUGAAAUAGUAGCUGAUUUUGCUGACGACUUUGCAACUUUGAAGAUGAACUUGUUCGGUAGGAUUUCGGGAUGGCUGCUGAGUGAAAAGAGGGAGGACAAGAUAGAUGAUAUUGUCCAGGAGAUGGAGCUCAGUAAAUUUUGGGCUAUAGACAGGAGAGAAGCAAUCGCACGGACUUUGCUUAAAAAUGUUGAUUUCAAAGGUGCAUUUCAUUGUGUCAUGAAAUUUCACACUGCUGAAGACCUGGCCGAGCACGUUGCCAGUUGUGGAUUCAGGUCUAUGAUCUGCACUAACGAGGGCUGUAACACUAGAUUUACAGCAGCCCACUUGGAAAAACAUGAUUUAGCUUGUCCGUUCAAAAUAAUUCCGUGCGAGCAGAAUUGCUCGGAAAGUCUCAUGCGACGUGACAUGGACAGGCAUUGCAUAACCAACUGUCCAAUGAAGCUUAUGAAGUGCCCUUUUUAUCAAGUUGGCUGUCAGUCAACUGUACCUCAAUGUACUCUCGAGCAACAUAAUCAUGAUAAUCUCCAUGACCAUGUGCUGCAUGUUCUUCAAAGAUAUCGUAAGGAUGCAUCAGCUGAUGAUCUCAAACGUCAAGCGGAGCAAUUAGAGUUGUCGUUUUCCGGUGAACUAGCCUUGGCUCGCGAUGUGAAAUCUUUAACCCUGGCUCUCAAGGAUUUGGAAGCAAGGUUACCGCAACCAGAAGCCUAUAUGACUAGUGGUCCGCAACCGGAUGCCUACACGACCACAUCUGAUGCAGAGCAGACAGAGGUUUCCAGUUCGGCUCGCUUAAACAUAGACUAUGAAAGUUAACAUCAUGUCACCAUCUUGUUCCCAGGCACCUUGUGAGAUGAAAAAAAGGUUCAAAUUGCGGCAUAUUGCAACUUCUCAAUUUGAGUGAUGGGUCGGUAGAUUAUUUGGUCUACGAUCUCGAGGUUUUGCUUUUGCUCAUCUGUGCAAUUUUUGGUUCAUAUAGCUUAUCAUCUUUUUCUUGACCUCUCUUGUUUUGUUCAACUUACGAAGAAGCCUAUUUGUUUCUCUACUUGUGGAACGCAUAGAUGGAGGGAUGUGUUUCCACGUUUUGUUUUUGUCAAAAUGAGGAUCUUCUAUUCUAUUU